AUGUCAACCACAAGUCAACAAGUUUUAGCUGUACAUCACAGGUCUAUAUCACCAGAGCCUAUGGAUAUUCCCACAUUACCUCAACAACACCAGUCCUCUACUGUACUGAGAGGCAACUUGGCGGAGACUUUUCGCUCGAAAGCGAUUCCCAACAAGAAAUCCAGUCGAUUUGGAUUCUUGUUUUCAAGCAACAACAACUCUCGAUCCAAUCUUAAAAUGACACCCGCAGAUACGUUUGAAUCACAACCCAACAGUGUUGAUUCCACGCCUCAUCGACGUAGCAGCAGCGGCGCCCAGAGCUACCGCAGUGUGGAAUCAAGCACAUUCAGCGCUGAUCAGCAGCAACCUCAACAUAAAUUGAGCAAGUCGAUUGGAAACUUCAUUGCGAGUCCUGCCUCUUGGACCAAAAAGCAUUUGCAUCAUACCAAUGGAUCGUCAUCCGAGCCAUUAUCUCCCUCCGCCAAUGUACCUAGAUUAAACGAUAAGUAUGGACACUAUAUCAAGCCCAGUAAAGAAGCCAGCACCAAAGCAUCAGGAGCAACCAACAAGCGCAACAUUGGAAGUGGGGCAACUGCUGUGAUACGUCUUGUUCAAUCACCGCAAGGUCGUAUUCUUGCCGUAAAAGAGUUUAUCAAGAGGGACAAAACGGAAGAUGAGAAGGAGUACUUGAAGAGAAUGCACAAUGAGUAUUGUAUCAGUAAAACGGUGAGCGGACAUCCCAAUGUAGUAGAGACGAUGGAUUUGGUCAUAGACGAGCAUGAUAGAUGGUGCACCGUCAUGGAAUAUUGCGACGGUGGCGAUUUAUUCAAUCUGCUCACUGAGAAACCCACUAUGCCUGUGAUGGAAGGCGCUUGCUUAUUCAAGCAACUCUUGCUGGGACUACAACAUUUACACCAUCUCGGCAUUGCUCAUCGUGAUAUCAAGCCUGAGAAUCUAAUUUUGACAAAGGGAGGCACUCUGAAAAUCGCUGAUUUUGGUGUAGCAGAUGUUGUUCAGACAUGCUUUGAAAAAGACAUUCACAUGUGUUACAAAUGGUGUGGAUCUGAGCCAUUCUGGUCUCCUGAAUUAUGGAAUUUGAAAAACAAGGAUGAUGGCUAUUUGGGCCAAGCGUUGGAUGUAUGGAGUGCCGCUGUUACGUACUUUUGUAUACGUUUCCAAAGCUUGCCUUUCGCUGCUGCUUUCUACACUGGCAAGCCAGGCGGCAGUCCUCCUCCCGGUGCUACAGCUGGAUCACCUGCCGCUGUAGCAGCUGCUGCCACGGAUGGCGGUGACAAAGAUUUUGGUUUAUACGUUCAACAAAGAAGCAAAUUAGGCGCCAGCUCGUGUGAUCUCUGGGAUAGUUUUGAUCAAGGCGAGCGUCUCACAGAUGACGAAAAGGAAUGUUUAGCGGGUAUGUUGGAUCCCAAUCCAGAAACACGUUGGACGGUUGAUCAGGUUUUGGAGUCAAAAUGGAUGAAAUCAAUAGAGCUGUGUAAUGACGGAGAACUUGAGAAUGGCUGGAGACAUUAUCAUACAAAAAACCACUCCUCAUCCAACACCAACAGCCCACCUAAAUCUCGAUAA